UGCCUUGCGCUCAUCCUUUCCGUGGUAUCACGUUCACUUAUUAUUACCAUACUCUAAUAAUAUUCUAGUUCAAGCCCUGCGUAUGCUUUAAGUGCACGAAUACCUACAAUGUGCCUUUAUCUUACAAAUGGUGAAAGGACAAUGCUCGUAAUACUAAUGAUUGUUUGUGCGUGGGACCGAGUUGUGGGACAGUUUGAAAACGGGAUAGUGUUCAGCAGCGGCCCGACGACACGUGCUCCUGCUCCUGCUUCUACGACAAAUCCACCUGCUCUCUUGAUCCCGGAUAGCAAGUGUUCUUGCAUACUCGGCAGCGCCUGUCCGAAUCAAGGACCUACCAUUGACAUUCGCAUUGUCAACAACGGCGUCAACACUAAAUGCCCUACGAAUUAUAUGCUUUGCUGUGGAGGAACACCCAACCAACCUACUCCAACAGAUCCAGCAUGUGGUGUGCGUAGAUUUGUUCAGCCAAACCCUCAGCCAGUUGUUGGACAGGCAAGCUUUGGCUCUUAUCCUUGGCAAGCUGCUGUACUUGAUCUUCAGGAGGCCUACAAAGGCUCGGGCGUGCUCCUCGAUGCCACACAUGUUCUCACAGCAGCCCAUAAAGUUUCAUCUUAUGUCAACAAUCCGGCAUCGCUGUUGGUUCGUGUGGGUGAUUGGAACGCUAGAGAGACGACCGAGCCCUUUAAAUUUGUUCAGGCAUUGGUUGCCAAAAUCACCGUUCAUCCAAAUUUUAAUCCCACCACUCUCGAGAACGACGUAGCUGUUAUAAGAAUCAAUGGGGUCAUUCCUAUCGCCUCAUACCCGAACGUGAAUACAGCCUGUAAGCCAACAUCUACACCCGCCACAGGUACUAGGUGCUACGUAUCAGGUUGGGGUAAGAAUGCGUUUACGAGUGGAUCCUACCAGAGUAUCAUGAGGGAAGUGGACGUGCCGAUUUUAGACAUCUAUGACUGUGAAAAUCGGUUGAGACAAACGAGACUUGGACCCACGUUUACUCUCAAUAAAAUGAGCUUUUUGUGUGCUGGCGGAGAAGUUGGAAAAGAUGCGUGCACGGGUGAUGGAGGGUCACCUCUAGUGUGCCAAGGCAACAACAAUCAGUGGUCCGUUUACGGACUAGUCGCCUGGGGGAUUGGCUGUGCUAAUCCUGGAAUACCAGGAGUGUACACCAACGUAUUUAACUUUUUGCCUUGGAUCAAUAAUGCCUUAACACAAUAAAAUAAAUGAUGAAUGUAAAAAAAAAAAAAAAAAAUAUUUUAUAGGAAGCUAAUGAUGGUUGUAAUAAUUAACUUGAAAACAUUUAAUAAGUGUAACCGUCAAUUUUAUCAGCAAAAAACAUACGGUUUUUUCUAAAAUUAUGGCUGUUUGAAAAAAACU